GCUUGGGUUAACUUUCAGUUUUAAGACGCUUCAUUUUCAAACAUGGCAUCACCCUCCAGCCUGAUAGACGAGAACAACUUCAUGUGCUCAAUUUGUCUGGAAGUCUUCACUAAGCCUGUAUCGCUCCUGUGCGGACACAACUUCUGCAUGGCCUGUAUCACAAAGCACUGGGACACCAAAGAACCUAAAAUACCAGACUGCCCUCUCUGUGGUGCGACCUUCCCCAUCCGACCAGUUCUCCAUGUCAACACCUUUAUCAAAGAAAUGGUGACCAAAUUUCAAACAUCAGCCAAACACAAAAAGCAAGUCAGGGCUAAGCCGAGAGAAAAUGGUGGAGUUAUGUGUAACAUGUGCACAGGGGAAAACAUCCCAGCGCUGAAGUCUUGUUUGGUUUGUUUUAUGUCCCUUUGUGAAACUCACCUGGAGCCCCAUCAGCGAAUCCCACAUCUGAAAACCCACAAGCUUAUCGAACCCACCGAUAAUUUGGAGGAACGAAUGUGUAAGACUCACCACCAACCUCUCGAGAUGUUCUGCAGAUAUGACCAAGAAUUUGUAUGUGAGGAGUGUAUUCGGACCAACCACAGAAGACAUCAAACUGAGUCUAUAAGGGAGGAGACGGAGUCAAAGAAGGCUCAGCUGGAUAUGGAGAAGACCAGGAUGGACCAGUGGAUAGAGGAACGUCAGCAGAAGAUCUAUGAGAUUCAAGAGUCUAUGGCUUCGAGCAGAAACAAGGCAGAGAAGGCAGUGUCCGACAGCGAUCGUAUGAUUUCUUAUCUGGUUGAAUUCUUGAAGAGAAGCCAAGCCGAACUAGCCAUGGUGAUAAAGUCAAAGCAGAUGGAAAUCGAAGCAGAGGCGAAAGAAUUUAUUAAAGAAAUUGAGGAGGAAAUUGAGGAACUAUCUAAGAAAAGCAAUGACCUUGACUUUACAAUGUCCAAUGACCCGUUUAAAAAUCUGGAGAAUCUAAUCCUGCUGAAAGUCCCUCAACCCAAGCUUAAAGACUGGUCAGCUGUGCACAUCAAAAAUGAGAAUUUCGAGGUAAAAGAAGCACUAUCCACCCUGACCGCUACUACCACUAAAGAAAUACGCAUGUUGUGUGAUCCAGAUUUGAAAACACUGAAGAAGUUUGCAGUUGAUGUCUCGUUUGAUCCGGAGACAGCUCAGGCGUCCCUUAUCGUUUCCGAGGAUGGUAAGGAAGUGUCCUGGAGUGAGAGACGAAGGAAUGUCCCCAAUAAUCCCGCAAGAUUCAAUCGCAUCUUCAAUGUGUUAGCCAAGGAAGGUUUCUCUAAUGGGAAGUUCUACUAUGAAGUUCAGGUGAAAGACAAGACGCAGUGGGACAUAGGAGUGGCCAACGAGUCCAUAAACAGAAACGGAGAUGCCAGAUUUAGUCCCAGGAAUGGAUUCUGGACCAUUUGGUUAAGGAACGAACAGUUUGUAGCCAACACGAGUCCUCCUGUGAGUGUCAAAGUUAGGAACAACUUCGAGAAGAUUGGAGUUUUUGUGGAUUAUGACAAAGGGCGGGUUUCUUUUUACGAUGCAAAUGCCAGGGUUUUGAUUUACACCUUUGACAACUGUAACUUUACGGAGAGGAUUUUUCCAUUCUUCGGUCCAUGUGGAAGUGAUGGGGGUAAAAAUAAAGCCCCUUUGGUCAUUGUUCCGGUCCAAAAUUGAAUUGACAUUUUGUGGAGAAAAAUUGAAAAGUUGAACAAUGUUGUUUUACAGAUAUGGAGACUGAAAUUGUUGUCACCGCAGUUCAUAUUUUCUGUAUGAGUCUGUGUGUUUUUGCAUGUAAA